UCCUAGGUAAGAAUGGGAACCAGAGUAUAUAUUGGACAUUUGUCUUACCAUGCCAGGCAGAGAGACGUGGAGAGGUUCUUCAAGGGGUACGGAAGAAUCAGGGACGUGAUGCUGAAAAAUGGUUAUGGUUUUGUUGAGUUUGAUGACAGCAGGGAUGCCGAAGAUGCAGUGUAUGAAUUGAAUGGGAAAGAACUUUGUGGGGAAAGGGUGUCAGUUGAACAUGCCCGGGGGACGGUCAGAGGUGGUGGCGGGGGAGGGGGAGGAUAUCGGGGGGACAGUUACUACAGAGACAGCAGCUACAACAGGAGACCAAUGUGGAUCGACAAGUAUGGUCCACCCACGAGAACAGAGUAUCGGGUGACAGUAGAGAACCUCUCCUCACGGGUCAGUUGGCAGGACCUGAAAGACUACAUGAGACAAGCAGGGGAAGUAACUUAUGCAGAUGCCCAUAAGCAACACAAGAAUGAAGGUGUUGUGGAAUUUGCCAGUUACUCGGAUUUGAAGAGGGCCAUGGACAAGCUGGAUGGCACUGAAAUCAAUGGCAGAAAAAUUCGACUGAUUGAGAACAAGUCUAGGAGAAGCAGAAGAGAUUCCAGGAGUCGUUCCAGAUCUCGAAGUCGCAGCAGAUCCAGGCGAACGCGAUCAAGGAGUCGUUCUCGGAGCCGAUCCAGGAGUAGGUCUCGCAAAAGGAGGGGAUCUUCCAGGAGCAGAAGUAAGUCUCACAGCCGCAGUCGAUCCAGGUCAAGGUCAAAGUCCAGGUCCAGAUCAAGGUCAAAGUCCAAAUCCAGGUCACGCUCCAAGUCAAGAUCACCCUCAAGGUCAAGAUCCAGAACCCCCAUAAAGGAAGAAAAUAUGGAAGACAUGAAAGAUGAAGUAAAGGAAGAAAUAAAAGAAGAAGUAAAUGAAGAAAUGAAUGGGGAGGAGGAGAACUGAAGAUUGAGAACAUUGAAGUGUCAGUGUGUCUGAGGAAGCUGUAGAGAUUCGUCUUGUAUCAACUGACUCCAUCAAUCAUGUCUUGUAUCCACUGUACACAGUCCGGAUAGUACCUGUUAUCGCUGUGUUUGUUGUUAUAUCAUGACAUUCUAUGUUUACUGUCUUUAAAAAUGAAGUAAAGAUGUUCUUUUUAUACUGAUUAUAGAUGAAAAUACAUUACAACAUGAUAAAAUAUUUGUUUUAGGAUAAAGUUUGUAAUAAACUUUGAAAUAAUCAA